CAAAAGAUAGAGAGCCCAAGCGAGCGUGCGCUCCAAGUGCAGGUUUCUAGGUUGGCAGCAGAGCGCGCGAAUAGAACGUGGCACGGGGAAUAUUGGCCAAAAUUACCGCGAACUCAAACAUCAGGAGACGCUCAGAGGGAAGCGAACGAGAACGGUCGACAGCGCCUAUUUCUCUGAAACGUUCAAAUUAUCCGGGUAUAUAGGAGCAGCCAUGCCAUUUGGCUGUUUGACUCUGGGAGAGAAGAAGGACUACAACAGUCCUUCAGAGGUCACCGAUAAGUAUGACCUGGGACAGGUAGUGAAAUCGGAGGAGUUUUGUGAAAUCUUCAGGGCAAAGGACAAGAACACACUGAAAAUGUACACCUGUAAAAAGUUCCUGAAGAAAGAUGGAAGAAAAGUACGAAAAGCAGCCAAAAACGAGAUCCUCAUCUUGAAAAUGGUGAAGCAUCAUAACAUCCUCCAGCUGGUAGAUGUCUUUGAGACGAGAAAAGAGUACUUCCUCUUUCUGGAGCUGGCCACUGGAAGGGAGGUGUUCGACUGGAUCUUGGACCAGGGCUACUACUCAGAACGUGACACCAGCAAUGUGAUCCGGCAGGUGCUUGAGGCCGUGGCUUACCUGCACUCUCUUCACAUUGUUCACAGAAACCUAAAGCUGGAAAAUCUGGUCUACUUCAACCGUCUGAAGAACUCCAAAAUUGUAAUCAGCGAUUUUCACCUGGCCAAACUGGAAAAUGGUCUUAUCAAAGAGCCAUGUGGCACACCAGAGUACCUUGCUCCAGAGGUGGUCGGCAGACAGAGAUAUGGCAGACCAGUGGACUGCUGGGCCAUUGGGGUGAUCAUGUACAUCCUACUGUCAGGAAACCCACCUUUUUAUGAUGAGACAGAAGAUGAUGAUUAUGACAAUCAUGAUAAGAACCUGUUCAGGAAAAUUCUGUCUGGAGACUACGAGUUUGACUCACCCUAUUGGGAUGACAUCUCAGAUUCAGCAAAAAGCCUAGUUGCAUGUUUAAUGGAGGUGGAUCAGGACCAAAGACUGACCGCACAGGAAGCCAUCAAUCAUGAGUGGAUAUCUGGAAAUGCCGCCUCAGACAAGAACAUCAAAGAUGGUGUUUGUGCUCAGAUCGAGAAAAACUUUGCUAAAGCUAAAUGGAAGAAAGCUGUUCGUGUGACCACCAUGAUGAAGAGACUCAGGGCUCCAGAUCAGAGUGACUCUGGAGCCUCUAGUCCUGCAAUGGGAGCCUCAGGAGGACCUGUUACCCCCAGCACCACCCCUGUUCCCCUGGCUGCCACACCAGUACCUCCCCGCACCACCCUGGAUCACCCUGAGGCCCAAACGCAGGAGGCCUCGGCUCCAACACGGUGUAAUGGAGAGAUACUGACAUCCCAGCAGCUUAGUGGGGAGACUAGGGAGGAAUAGAAUGACGGAUGACAUUCGGGUAAAUAUAGUGGCAAAUAGAGCAGCACCUACACACUACAUAUAAAUUCAUAUUGAAAUCUAAUGGUGGAGCAAAGUUCAAUUGUGUCUAAAAGCUUGAUCGCCAUUUUACAUUUUCAUUUGUGCAAAAUGCUGUAAUCUAGGAAGACUUUAAAAAGUAAAUCCCAGUCCCAUAGUAGUUUUAUCUGUAUUUU